UUUCUCUUCCAUCAAAAACACCUUCUCUUUCUCAAACUCAGAAUUUCUCAAACUCAGAAUUAGUUUAGACAGAACAUUAAAUUUAAUCUUCUGUUCUCCUUUUUCUAAAAUAAACCCAAUUAUUCCCAACUUCGAUCCUUUACGCAACUUCCAUUCAAGAUCGUCUCUUCCAACGGAAACUCCUGCUACCGACGAUUCGAUUUUCCAUUACGACGAAGCGGGGUAGAGCGAAUUUCAACGCGAUAAACCAUGGGCAAGCGACCCUCACUACUUCAAGCGCGUCAAGAUCUCUGUGCUCGCGUUACUCAAGAUGGUUGUUCACGCGUUCUUCGAUGGUACCAUCGAGGUUAUGGGUUUCAUGCAAGGCUGGAAGGUUGGAGAAGUUGUGGGGUGGUAUCAUUCUCAUCCUGGCUCUGGUUGUUGGCUUUCGGGGAUUGAUGUUUCGACGCAGAUGUUGAAUCAGCAAUUUCAGGAGCCGUUUUUGGCGGUUGUGAUUGAUCCGACGAGGACUGUUUCUGCUGGCAAAGUUGAGAUUGGGGCUUUCAGGACUUAUCAUGAAGGUUAUAAGCCUCAAGAUGAUACUAUUUCUGAGUAUCAAACUAUACCUCUUAAUAAGAUUGAAGAUUUUGGAGUCCGUUAUAAACAGGGUCUGGUGACUUUAAAUUUCUUGCAAGAGAAAAAGGAGGCGGACUUUCGUUAUGGACUUCUAAGGGUUUGGGAAAAUGCUGAAUCAAUUGCUUUCUAUGGUGGUGAAGAGAGCGAGAUGCAACUUCUUCUGAUGCGCUUCAAAAGUGCUUUCGAAAAUCUGACUGCAACCCAAGAAGUUGUUUCACAAAUUCUGUUGACUACAGAUGAAGAGUUUAAAGCUGCUAUAUCUGCUGCAAAGAAGGCAUUUCCAGCAUGGCGUAACACUCCGGUUACGACACGUCAACGUGUUAUGUUGAAGUUCCAGGAGCUCAUUCGCAAAGAUAUGGAUAAACUUACUGUUAGAAAUAUUCCAAAGUCAAUGGAAGCAUUCUAUCAAGAGUCAGGCAGAGCUGGUCGUGAUCAAUUGCCCUCUACAAGUCUCUUGUACUAUGAAGCAUUUAUAUUAAGAAAGUCAGUUAUGCAAAUGCUUGAAUAUUGUGAAGGAUUUGGAUGUUGUAGGAAAAGAAUUCUUGAGAGUUUUGGAGAGAAGGUACUGAAGUAUACAGCUCUAGAUACUACGGAAAAACAUGUGACGCCUGUAGACACCCAAACACAAUUUCCAGAAGUUUGGAGUAUCUCACUGCUGCUUGUUCACUACGCUAGAAAGGAGGUUCUCGAGUUUUCAUCACCAGAUGUUUCCUGUGGCUGUUGCAUGUGGCAAUACCUUUGUUCUAAAACCAUCAGAGAAAGACCCAGGAUAUUUGAUGACGUGAGAAGACGGGAAGCAAGCCAGAUUUACGAGUAUAGUUUUUCAGAUCACACCUUGUGUGUAAACGAUGUUGUGAUUGGUUCUGGAGGGUGCAAUGCAAUUAUAGUUUCAGCAUCAGAUGAUCGGACCUGUAAGGUCUGUUUUACUAUUAUAGAAAGUUUGUGA